CUGUCAACCUCCGGGCUCCGCGGGAUCCACCAAUUCCUCGGUUCCAAUGCAUGGGGUCUGCUCCUACAUGUCCCCGACCUUCUUCACCUCUCGUUCCUUCCCCUGUUUCUCUCUUUCCCUUCUCCUCCUCUCCGUCUCUCCGGCCGAACACGUAGGGUGGCGUAUCGGCGUUGAUGCCGCGGUGGUGGUGGUGUGAUGAGGAAGCUGUGCCCGAGCGCGGACCGCGACGACACCCUCGACACGGUGCUGGAGGUGCCCAUUCCCGAUGAGAUGCUCAUCAACGUCACCGGCAACGACAAGCGCCGCGGCGCCGCCGGCGCCAACAUGCGUGCCUGGCUCAAGACCCAGGCCUUCGACCACGCCACCGUCGACGGCCCCGCCGCCGCCGCCGCCAACGCCGAGCUCCAGCUCUUCCUCAACGUCGUCGGCUCGCCGCUCAUCCCCUGUCCCGUCCCCCACGACCGCGCCUUCAGCCGCUCCAUCCGCGACUCCUCCAUCCAAGCGUCGACGGCCAAGUACAUCAUGCAGCAGUACAUCGCGGCGACGGGCGGGCAGGCGGCGCUGCAGGGCGUGCAGAGCAUGUACGCGGUGGGGAAGGUGCGGAUGUGCGCGUCAGAGUUCCACCUGGGCGACCAGAACGUGACCGCCGCCCAGGGCCGCGCCGAGGUGGGCGGCUUCGUGCUCUGGCAGAAGUGCCCCGAGGUCUGGUACUUCGAGCUCAUCAUGGCCGGCCACAAGAUGAGCGCCGGCAGCGACGGCAAGGUGGCCUGGCGCCAGUCCGCCGCCGAGAACUCACACGUCUCACGCGGCCCUCCCCGUCCACUCCGCCGCUCCCUCCAGGGUCUUGACCCGCGGUCGAUCGCGAACCUCUUCUCGGACGCAGUGUGCAUCGGGGAGAAGGUCAUCAACGGCGAGGAGUGCUUCAUCCUGAAGCUGGAGGCGAGCGCGGCCACGCUGCGGGCGCGGAGCUCCGCGGCGUUCGACAUCAUCCACCACACGGUGUGGGGCUACUUCAGCCAGCGCACGGGCCUGCUGAUCCAGCUGGAGGACUCGCACCUGCUCCGCAUGAAGUCCGGCAAGGGCGCGCGCCGCAGCGAGAACAUCUUCUGGGAGACCGGCAUGGAGUCCGUCAUCUCCGACUACCGCCACAUCGACGGCGUCAACAUCGCGCACGGCGGCAAGACCACCGUCACGCUCUUCCGCUACGGCGAGGGCUCCGUCAACCACAAGAGGAAGCUGGAGGAGACGUGGACGGUGGAGGAGGCCGACUUCAAUGUGCAUGGCCUCACCUCCGACUACUUCCUGCCGCCGUCGGACCUCAAGAAGGAAGGCGACGACCAGCACGCCGGAUGAGUGGGCCUUUAAUUAAGUGCUCGCGGUAGUGCUAAUUUGAUCGAAUGUUUGAUCCAAUGACAUCAAGAUUCAUUCAGGCUAAUUUUAUUUUGUUUUUUUUCUCUAGAGGUGGCCACAGCUGUACGUGUGUGUUGAUUCUGUUUUGAACGAAUUGCAAAGUACUCCCUCAUCCAGGAAUAGAAGUUCAGAACCACUUAAAGUUUUCU